CAGAUAACUACCUCACUCCGUACAGUCCAUCCAUCGGCCUCGCUUUCGGAUCGGAUGCGGAGGGUUCUUCCCACAAGCCGUUUCUUGAGACCUCCAUGCCGCUUAGUGAUCGGAACUGGAGAGUUUUGUUGUCACUGAUCCCUGAUUCUGGGGUUGGGGAUCAUCAUCCGACAAACCCGGGUCAAGCUGCCGCUCCACUUCCUGGUCCGGUGGAAUCAAGGCCGGCCCCCUUCGGCCGUUCUUAUUCUAUAUAUACCUACCUGGUACCUACUUAGUCUUUACUGGACGAAGCACUACCCAGUAUCCAGUACACAUACCUCCCCUAUAGCACUAACCCCCUAAAGAGAAGACUCUGAAGACACGGGAAAGUGGUUCCCACCUGUCAUCAUGGAGACUAUAGUUCUGAUCACCGGAGCUAAUCGAGCGGGGGUAGGGAUUGGCCAGGGGCUGGUGGCUCGAUACCUGCGCAACGACAACAACACGGUGGUCAUCGCGGCGUGCCGGGAUGCAUCGCCAGAGCGCACCGAGCAUCUGCGUGCGUUGCCCCGCGGGCCCAACUGCCGGCUCAUCGUGCUACCUCUGCGGCUGGACCAGCCGGACAGCCUCGGCCACGCGUGCCGGCUGUUGCAGCGGCAGCACCAGAUCUGGCGGAUCGACGUCGUCGUGGCGAACGCGGGGAUCUGCGACCACUACGGCCCGCUGGCCGCGAUGACGGACGCGGACCUGCAGGCGCACCUGGACGUCAACACCGUGGGCCCGCUGCGGUUGUUCCGCGCGAUGCGCCCCUUCUUGCUGCCGCCGGCAACCGAUCGGCGGCCCCUCCACCACCCGCCCCGGUUCGUCUACGUGUCGACGGAGCUGGCCAGUCUGGCCGGCCUGGAGCAGCACCGCGCGUCCCUGACGACUGCCUACGGGAUGUCGAAAGCGGCGGGGAACUACCUGGUCCGCCGGGUGCAUUUGGAACACGAGGAUCUGAUCUGUUUCUCCGUGGAUCCCGGGUUGGUUCAGACGGACAUGGGCAACCGCGGGGCCCACGCCAAAGGGCUUGAAAUGGCCCCCUUGACCGUGGACCAGAGCGUGGACGGUAUCGUGCAACAGAUCGAUCGGGCCACACGGCUGACAACAUCCGGGCGUUUCUUGAGGCAUAACGGCGAACAGCUGCCGUGGUGAACGGGGUGGGUGCAUGGGACGGGAAAGUUGACUGGAUGGGAUUGUUGUACUGUACUGGACCCGUUCAGAAUCCCCCAUGCAAGCAUGUUUCAAGGGUUUCGGCUCUAACCUAAGGCUGGACGGCAAACCCCCGU